ACCGAUUUUCAAUUUUGGUAGCCAAAAUUUGAUUUGAUAUAGCAUUAAAUAUAAUUAUCCUGAAUUUUUAAUUAAUAAGAAAAAGUGGCGUUGAUGCACUUAGACCACAAUGCAUCAACGACAUAAUUUUCAAAUUGCAUUCUGCAAGCUACGGGUGUUUGCCAAAGUGAGAACGCUAUACUUUCUAUUGCUUGAAGAAAUAUACACAAUAAAAAGCUGAGAAACUGAAAUGACGAAUAACUGAUUAGCACAUUGCCCUUCCGUGCACUGUCAAUUAUUGUACUGAAAAAAAAACAUCAAGUGGAGAAGCCGUGCAUCUUUCAACAAACAAGAAUUGUAUGGAAAAGAAACAGAAAGUAUAUAGUCGAAUCAACCACUUUCAGUACACGUAUACAGCUAUUUCCUCUUGCCGACCAUUCAAUAUAACCCCAGAGCAGCUACAAAAAUUGGCGCAGAUUUGUAGCAAAUCAAUAUUACGUUCAUUCAACAAAACAAAUAAAAUAAUUAUGCCAGAAGAGCAAAAGCCUCAAGUUGUAUUUGUGUUGGGCGGCCCCGGCGCUGGCAAAGGAACACAAUGCUCCAAUAUCGUAGAGCGUUUCCAAUUUGUACAUCUCUCUGCCGGUGAUUUACUGCGCGAAGAACGUGCACGUGAGGGUUCCCAAUAUGGCACAUUAAUAGAAAGCUACAUACGCGAUGGUAAAAUCGUGCCUGUUGAAGUAACAUGCUCACUGCUGGAAAAAGCGAUGCAAAACUCGGGCAAAAAUAAGUUCCUCAUCGACGGUUUUCCACGUAACCAAGAUAACCUUGACGGCUGGACACGUCAGAUGUCGGACAAAGUCGAUUUCCUAUUUGUGUUGUUCUUUAAUUGCGCUGAAGAUAAAUGUGUGGAGCGUUGUUUGGCUCGCGGUCAAGCUGGUUCCGGACGCAGUGAUGACAAUUUAGAGAGUUUAAAGAAGCGUAUACAAACGUACAACAACGAUUCAUUACCGAUUAUCAAGCACUAUGAACAACUUGGAAAAGUGAAACAAAUCGAUGCUAUUCCAAGUGCUGAUGAAGUUUUCAAGAAUGUAGAAAAAGUGUUUGUCGACGCAGGUUUCCAAUAGAAGGGCUACGUGCAAUUAAGUAUACAGCCACUACACCUACCUUGAUCUGCAAUAUCAUCCAGGUUAAAAUGUUGCGGAAAUUGUUACUAUUGCAUAUUAAAUUGUAUCGAAUUGGAUAUUAGAAAAUACUUAAUUUUACAUACGCAUGUACAUUAAAACGUGUGGUGUUUUAAUCGUUUUAAAGUAUAUGUACUCAAGGUCACGUUCUGUAUACUUGCCAAUGAAGCCUAAAUUUAAAUUAUUCUACAACUGUUUGUUUACUAUUGAUAACAGUAAUACCGUAUUCUUACGAUAGGGUCAGUUUGUGAACACUAUGCUUAUUGUAUGCAAUUUAGUUAUAAGUCAUGCAAAUAUAUUAAAAAAUAUGUAAUAUUUGUGUUUUGCAAAGUUGUUAAAUAAAUUUCAAAGGUAUAUUAUCGGUCAAACAUGCAUUAUUUGCAAACACACACACACGUUUGUACAAAUUAGGCUUGAUAAGAAUGACUAGCCCUUUAUAUAAAAGCGAAAUUUCAUUGGGCGAGCGGCUGAUAUUAAGAAAGCUCCAUAAAGUAAUACAACUUUUAGAAAGAGAAGGCAGGGAGAGGUACAUUCAGUGACGUCUGUGAAACUGCUGUGCGCUUAUAAGAUAAGACGAUACUUGAAAAAAAAUUACAUACAAAACAAAA